AAAGGUGCUGAUGCGGCCAUUCUUAUUGACAUUAAGUUAUCGUCUAAAUGGUAUAUUCACAAACUAAAAUACAAAAGCUAUUUAUGCCUUAAAAUGUAAUUCCUUGAAUUUAUGUAUCUAGAUUUACAAUAAAAUCUCGACUGAUAAGAAUUUUUACUAGUUCCAAAUCCUGUAUGUAUUGUAAAUAGCGGUUCCAUUAUUAUCGGUACUGCAGCAUUUUGGUAAAUAAGCAAGAAAAUCAAAAAAAUUCGCCUGGAUCAUCAAAUUUGAUCUCAAAUUGCAUCGAAAUUGGUUGAUUUUUACAAAGAAUCAAGUGAUAGACAGGCAAGAAAUCUAAGCAUCAAGAUGAUCCAGCGAAUACUGCGGUCAAAUAUUCAGCUGCAAUUUAUACGAAAUAUAUCUGGUAUACAGAAUCUUUUCUCGAGUGCCAAUAUUAAUAAGCAUGACGAUGAAGAUAUUAGUGAGGAUGUGAUUAAUGCUAGUCGGGAAAUAUCCAGAGAUACUAAAUCAGAAGUUGACAGCAAAAAAGUCCAAGAGCUGCUAUCUCAUGUCAAUUUGACUCACAAGUUUAAGCACUUCCUUCAUUGUACCGAUGCUGAAGCUACGAAAAUGAUAAAUUCACAUAAAAGGCUUAUAGAUACUGAUUCUGGUAAAAUAAGCAUCAUGAUUGAGUAUCUGUUUGACAAUGAAAUAUCCAUAAGAACGAUCAUUAAUAAUUCUUGGCUGCUAACAAUGGAUAAAGAAUAUCUUAGAAAGAAGUUAAUAAGAGUGAAGAUGCUGAAGCCAAAAAAUAUAAAUGAUGUCAUUCCUCUUCUCCAAGCUUCUCAUGCAGCAUUAAAUCGUGCUGUAAAGAUUGUAGAACGUGAAAGAGGUUUUCUAGCUGAAGGUAGUAGAAUUUACUAUUUAAGUGAGAAGCUGAAUUUGGAUCCAGCAUUAGUAUCAAAGUAUUUAGCUACACACAUGUUCAUGUUUGAGGUUUCAUUUGAGAUGCUGACUGACAAUUUGAAAAUUAUGCAGGAAUAUAAUGUUGAUUCAAUUUCUAUUAUCCGUGACUUUUGGGCCUUUAAGUACUAUCCAAAAACGAUUAGAGACAGACUAGAGAGAUGUAAGCAAGGCGGUAAGGAGAACUUAAAGCCUUGGAUGAUUAGAUGUCCUGAAGAGGUACUAGAGAACUCUUUAAAGCUUACUCAAGAGAAUAACGAGUUGUUUGGAACUACAAAUGGGAUUAUUGACUAUCUCUCCGAGAGAUUAGGAUACGACAUUUUAACAAUAAAGUCAAUUGUCAAUAGACAUCCAACGGUGCUUAAAUGUCGAGGAGCAAAAGUGAAGGAAGUUUUAGAUUAUCUGUUGGACGAAGAAAAGUUUGAGCCUGUAGACAUAGCACGAGUAAUUCGUGUCCUAACACAUUCAUUAGCUACAACAAAAAAACGAUUAGCGGAACUAAAGGCUGUUGGAUGCCGUCCAUCAACAUUAUCAAUCAUUUGUCGUUCAAGAAGAGAAUAUUCGAAAUUUCUAAAGGAAUGGAUGGACAGGCAAGAUGGUUUUGACAAGUAUCCUGUAAAUUAAGAGUAUAUCCAAUAGAAUUGUAGCUCAUAAUAAAUAGAUUACUUAAUUGUUUUAUUCUUCUAAUUUAAAUUGUCUUGUUCUCAAAAGACUUGUGCCUCAGAAAUCCUACUUACGUCCUUAGACUGCACAAAAUGUGAAAAUGAAUUACAAUGUACAUAAAACACAGCAGCUGAUAAUCGUGCCUGUAAAUCUUGUUGACUCAAAUCAUGAGACCAUUCAACACGUCCCCAAUGUCCAAGUUGAUACUCUUCCUCGAGUCUAGAUAGUAGAACUGCUUUUUCGGGCGUUAUGAAUCUGUCAAUGCAUGCAAAAGCUAAAACUACAGACUUUAAUGUAUCAACAGCAAACUGAAAUCCAUGAAGUGUAUCUAAAGUAUGCGACCUCAAGUACUUGCUUAUUUCCAUUUUAGCAUUUGUAGGGAAAUUUGGUGGCGAUAUAUCGUCAGUUUUCUGCAAAUCUGUAUUAUAUCGCUUAUUGAACCAAUUAAUGAUUGGGUUCCAUAAUUCAAUUUGUAGCUUGUAUAAAUCAGGUUCAGCCUGAUUAUGAAACAGAACUGUGUCUGUUUCUGCAAAUGACAGCAAGUAAUUAAUAAUAUCCUCCUUUGAUAAAUGAUUAGGGUUGUCUAAAGCUGUAUUUGCUAGUGACGUUAACAUCAUUCUGGAUCUUUCAAUCGUGUCCUUUUGUGAAUUCCAUUCAGCUGCAAUCGCAAGUGCUAAUGGUUCGCUAGCUACUUGAAACACUGAGCCGUUUGGUGUCUUUAAUUUCUUUUGAUCUAAUGUUAUUUCAUACUUUUUGUCAGCAUACAGAAUGCUUGAUUCUUUGUAGA